CUGUAGAUGACAGACUAGUAUAUCCAAAAUAUAUAAAAUGCGCCUCUAGUUCAUUACGAAGUUUCCUAUCGUUGAGCGUCAUCUGUACCGCGUAAACAUAGCUAUCCCCGGCACGCGGUCAUUGUUAUUCUUUUGAACCCGAAUUUGUUUACGUCAAUAAUUUUCGAAGGUGAAAUCGAAAGUGGUGUUGAAAAAAGCCAAAAAAAAAACAAAAAACGUGAAAAAACACACACAACGAGCAUCGUGGAAAUAAAUAGCAAAUCGAAUUUGCGAAUUCUCGUCGUACCUGUCUAUCAACUUUCUCAUUUGUUUUAUAUUUUUUUCUCUUUUAUUCCACUUGAUCUUUCGACGCAUCGUAUUUAUAACUUUUUGGUGUUUUGAUCUACGCUACCGCGAUAUGUCAUGCAGUUACGCCGACGGGUUAUCGCCCUACGAAAACAAAGGAGUUUGCGGAUCGGAAGAGAAAUAUGACUCUGCUGAAACUUUGAGACUGAAGUGUGGCUUACUCGCGGAAUGGAUCGAAGCAGCAAGACACGUCGUUGUUCAUACCGGAGCUGGCAUAAGCACAGCUGCAGGAAUCCCAGAUUUCCGUGGCCUCAACGGCGUCUGGACAUUGGAGCAAAAAGGUUUGAAGCCGGAUAUGAGCACCUCGUUCGACGAAGCAAUACCAACGAAAACUCACAUGGCCCUGAAAAAACUCAUUGACAGUCACAAAAUCAAAUUUAUCAUAAGUCAAAACAUUGACGGAUUGCAUUUGAGGUCUGGCGUGUCCAGAAGGAAUCUUGCAGAGUUGCAUGGAAAUAUGUUUGUUGAGCAGUGCGAUAAAUGUGGCAGACAAUUCAUCAGGAAUUUUGCGACCACGAGCGUCGGGAAAAAAUGUCUCGAAACCGUUUGCCGCUCUGAACAAAUUGGUGGUCGCCCUUGUCGCGGAAGAAUGCACGACACGAUCCUUGACUGGGAACACAAUCUGCCCGACAACGAUCUUGCCCUGUCUGACCUUCACUCGAGCGUCGCCGAUUUGAGCAUAUGCUUGGGAACAACUCUUCAAAUAAUACCAAGCGGCAAUUUACCACUCUACACGAAAAAAUAUGGUGGACGCCUCGUCAUUUGUAAUCUACAAGCAACAAAACAUGAUAAAAAAGCGGAUUUGGUGAUAAACGGUAAUGUGGACGACGUGAUGAUGAGCGUGAUGAAAAAUUUAGAGAUUGUAAUACCGGAUUACAAGAGCGACGAGGAUCCGACCCGGAAUUCAGACAUGUCAUCUUGCGAGAUGGAUUGGACAAUACCAACGAGUUGGGUAAAAGAGAUGAAGCUUCUUUACAAAAAAGUUUGUAAACCAACGAAGAGAAAACGAAAGACAUUUAUGUACGAAAGAGAUCCGAUACCAUACGGGAAAGAUGCGGCAAAAUCUACGAAAAAGCGAAUUUUGGAUGUGAAGAAGGAGGUGAAAGAAGAGCCAGAAAAUAAUUCUUUGGAUCAAAAUUCAUCGGGUACGAAUUUUCAAACUCGAAGUUCUGGGAUAGAGGCAAAAGAGGAUAAAGUCGACGAAAAAAUCAGUGCUCCUUGUCUGAAUGAAGCCAGCACGGAGGUUCAUCGGGAAAUAAAAGAAGAAUUAUUCGACAAAUCGGAUUGAUUAUUGCAAAAAUAAUAACGUUUGUUUUUGGUCUACGGUGUUGGAAAACACUUUGGAAUACGAUUAAAACGGGGCUUCGCGCGUCUAAAGCACUCUUUUGUGUACAUACAUGUAAAAUAAAUACAUGUUCCGAGAGGGAAAGCGAAAAGUUCAGGCAGUUCGAAGGCAAGGAGAGAAAGCGGAGGAAAGAAUUGAUGAGAGAAACAUAAAAUACAGAUCAAUUUGCGUUUUUGAGUCACGGUCUAUUAUCAUUAAUAUGACAAUUCUUUGACGAUAUCGGUGGUAAAUGUGUAGGAGUGAUGCUAAAAUGUACCCUGUAAAUUAAUGUUAUCUCUUGAAAAAUUAGCGAUUCGAAGAACCCGAAGAAAACGUCUUCAAUUUAGAAAAUUGCUGAUUUUAUGCAAUUUUCACUUUUUUUCGACGCCCAACACGCGCAUGAUUUGAAUAUUCCCGAAAACAAAAGUAUUACAUUAAUUUAGAUUCAAUAUUUGAACGAAAAGUAAUUCCAAUACUUUGUCAAGCUUCUAUGUAAUCCCUUCAAUUAUUUCCAGCCUCCAAGAGACUUAUUAAUAAUAUAAUAAUCACGGUCAGUUUUAACUCAAAGUAAACUUCCUAUUGCUUAGAAUACAAUCCAAUUUACUGCAUCAAUAAUGUUUUUAUUUUUAUUACUUUUAUUACUCAGAGAUGAAUUAAACGUUUUUUAGUCAAUAAUUUUAGUCCAUUGAAAAUACCAAAAUUGUUAUUGGACAAAAAUCUGAAACAAAUUCAGCCGUCAUUAUUGAGCCUUUACAAACGUUUAUUUUCAGUAAUAAUAAUCUUUCAAAAUUACUGACUUUCUUUUCUUCAAAUUUCUCGACAAAUAAUCAGACCUUUUUUUCGUUUUGAGAUUUCCCAAUAUGCAAAUUAUUCUGAACAUAACAAAUGUUUAUAAAAUUGCAAAUGUUCUUUGCAUUCCUCAAAUUAUUCAAUAUUUUACAUAGGGAAUCGUUGAGGCAUUGACUGAAAUAUUUCUGAAAUACGUCACUUCGGAAAAAAUGAACAACCAACCACCAUUCAAUAGUAUCUUAGAAAAUUGCUCCAAAUCUACGACGAAAAAGACCUGAUCAUUUGUCGAAAAAAUUUAUUUCGAGCCUUAAUAACUCAUGCUCUUGUCAUUAACUUGCAUCAAUGCCCACGAUAUCUCAGACGUGGUUGAAUUUCGUAUUUAAUUUAUCAUCCAAUAUCCACUGCAACUGUAAUGGAACAAAAUCAUUGGCCUGGAUAUUUGUGUGAUUAAUUCUUAAGGGCUUCGAUUUAUAGUGCUAAGGUAAUUUGUGCAUUAUUCGGAUAAUUGAUGCGAGCAAGGAAUAAGAUUCGAUCAAUGCCAUCGUAUUAGCCAUAUGUUUAUUUUGCAAUAUUCUUCCGAAAAAAUGGAAAAAAGAAAAAAAAACGAUUGCAACUGCUUUUUUUUCCAAGGAAAUGUGAAUUUUAUGCGUGAAUUUGGUGGCGUUGUUGUAUACUGAUAAACAUGAAAACCCAGAUGUGAAAGAAUUAUUUUUGUUGCUCUCAAUAUAUCAUAUCCAGGCCUGCUGUUGGCUCGGAAAACUGAAAACGUAUCAAAAUCAAAUGAUAAAUUUCCGCAAAAUUAUUCCUGUUGAACUUAUAGACGCAAUCACAUCGAGGAUAAAUCUAAAUAUAUAAUUAUAAUAAUCAUAAUAAUAAUAAUAAUAAUAAUAAUGAUAAUGAACGUAAAGAAUCUAUAGUUGAUACGUGUUCUCAUUGUACAUUAUUUCUAUAAUGUAAUUUCCAGAACGUAAUGGAUUAAUUUUGCAAAAAAAAUUGAAGAAACGCAACCCUCAAGAUUCAUCGAUAUACAAAUAAUGCAAUCUUUUAAUAAAUAAUGUAUGAAAAUUGGA